AAAACCUCUGAGUUUAUAAAGGACCUUCUGUGCUGCCUCCUGCUUUGUGAGGAGAGGUCUCGCAGCGACGAGAUGAUGUGGACGUCCACUCUGCUGCUGGUGCUCCUGACUGCAGCUUCACAAACAUUGGCAAAGGCUAAAAACCGCUUCACUCGCUACCCAGCAUGGAACACUAAAAUGUACCCAAUCUGGAAAGAUGGUGACCCGAGAUAUCAAGAAUCCUGGAGAGGUGGAAGGGUGAUCUUCAACGUUGGGAACGAUUCUCCAACUCUGACUGGAGCCAAAGUCACCUUCACCAUCGACCUGGAGUUCCCCCACAACCAGCAGGUGCUGCCUGGCGGAAACGUGGUUUGGGCUGAAGACUGUGUCGUCAAUGGAACAAAGUAUUUUAAGUCAGAGCCAGUUUACUCAGCAAAGGAUCCCGACUGGGAAGCUGUUUUUCCCGACGGGACACCAGUGAGGGGCGACAAGAAGCCGGCCUACGUGUUUGUGUGGAAGGCCUGGGGUCAGUACUGGCAGGUAGCAGAUGGACCCUCCUCUUCUCUGACCAUCAAUACGGACGACAUCCCGCUGGGCUCCUACACCAUGGACAUCGUUAUCUAUCACUACCGCAGCAAAGAAAAGUUCAUUCCUUUGGGAUACGCCUCCACGCAGUUUUCCAUCACUGAUCAGAUCCCCUUCGCUGUCUCUCUGGACCAAGUCAACGACAUCGUGGCGGGGGACAUGCGCUUCGUGCAGAACAGAGCGAUCGCCUUCACCGUCGCCCUCCACGACCCCAGCGAGUACCUGGGCAGCGCAGACAUCACCUUCAACUGGGACUUUGGGGAUGAAAGCGGAGCCCUCAUAUCCAGAGAGCUGACUGUCACUCACACGUAUGUCAGCUCCGGCUCCUUCAGACCUCAGGUAGUCAUCCAGGCAGUCAUCCCGGAUAAAGCCUGCGACCCGCCGUCCGACACCCCGACCUCCACCCCUGGACCGCCUGUGGAUGGGGACACCACAGAGAAAGCUCCGGCAUCGGCGUCUGCAGUUCCUCUCCUGCUCUCCACCAAGCCAGCUGAUUGGAACAUCAACAUGAUUCCCUCAGACACUGAGGAGGACAACGCUGAGGGCGAAGCCUCCACCGCCUCCGUUGUUCAGCCCGUCCAGGAAGUGGCCCCAGUGGCAAAGGCUCCUAUGAACAAGCUGCUGGCUGCAAAGGCAAAGGGAACAGCGAGGCUAUCAGGGCGAGCUGCAGCCGUUGUUGUUGCAAAGAGAGACGCAGGAGAUAAACCAUCCGAUGAUGACUGUGUGAUAUAUAGAUAUGGAUCUUUCUGCACUGGCAUCGAAGUUUUUGAGGGCAUUGAAAAAGUAGAGAUUGUGCAAAUGGAAAACGUCCUCAUGGCGACGCCUCGAAAAGACAGAAACAUUUUAGACAUUACUGUGACCUGCCAAGGAAGCCUUCCCAAAGAGGUUUGCAGUGUUAUUCUGGAUUCCAAAUGCCUGAAGCCGAUUCACAUGGCGUGCAACAUGGUGGAGCCCUCCAAGGAGUGCCAGUUGGUGUUGCGUCACUUCUUUAACUCCUCUGGGGUCUACUGCAUCAAUGUCUCCAUGGCAAACGAUGUCAGCUUAGCUGCCACCAGUGCCAAAUUCACAGUGGACAUGGGUUCAGGUCUGUCUUCCUCCGGCACCAUCGUCAUGCUGUUGGGCAUCCUCGUACUCAUUCUUGCCGUGGGAAUCAUUGGAUACUCCUACAAGCGUCUUAAACCCUACCGUCCUUUAAAGGAAGACAAAGCUGCAUCUGAAGGCCCACAGCUCAGCUCUACAGCUUCGAUGCUCUGGGGUUCCCUGAACAGAGGAGGAGCCGUCGACAGCAGCCCUCUGCUGCAGGACGGGCCGCUGUGAACCCCCAGCUUCAGACAGGGAGAGCCUGAUAGCCUCUGGAGAGCUUUUUAUACUUUAUUUUCUAAAUAAAGCCCUCUAAAAUAUGUAAUAGUGUUAAAUCAAGCAAGAGUCUUUAAAUCAUGCUUUAGGUAUGCUGAUUUUUUUUACUUUCUUGAAGCAAAUGUGAACUCAAACCAUUGGGUUUGGACCAAACUGGAUUUGGAUGUUUUUCAAAUAAAUGUUGUUUAAAAUAUUUAA